AUGAAGGAUCCUAGAUGUGAAGAUGAGAGAGUAGAUAGCCAUAGGGGAGAAAUCCCCACAAGGACAAACAACGAUAGGAGGAAAAAAAAAAAAAAAGAGGAAAAAUGCACAAGCAAAAUUACCAAUUUUUUCAAAAUUGUAAAAAGUAGCGAAGUCAAUAAAAGUGUCCAAAUCAACGAAGGUAUCGAAAUCAAUAAUGGUGUUGAAAUGAAGAAAAGUACCAGAAUCAACAAUGGUAUUGAAGUGAACAAAAGUGCCAGAAUCAACAAUGGUAUUGAAGUGAACAAAAGUGCCAGAAUCAACAAUGGUAUUGAAGUGAACAAAAGUGCCAGAAUCAACAAAAGCAUCGAGUCAUCUAGCAUCUUCACCUGUCAGGACGCACGACCUGCUAAUGAACAUUCAUCUGAUGUAAGUACUAUGAUAAAUUUUAACCCACAUCCAAAAGACGCUGUUUUGAAACAAAUAAUUUACCCAACAUGUGAUGAAAAUUUACACAAUGAUGUAAAUGCAGAAGGGGAGACAAGAAAAAUCGAACAUAUCACAAAAAAGCAGAACCCCUUUUCUGCACCACCAAGUACAGAAAAUGAAUUGAAAAAUAAAAAAAAUCGCAUCAGCAUUAAUUCACGUGAACUCAGUUGUGGAAUUACAAAUAUUAAAUCCAUUUUAUCGAGAGAUGCGAACAGAGUUACUACUGUUGAGUCACCCUUAAAAUGGAAAGAAGAUGAAGUGUGGAAGCUCGAAUAUGAUGAAGAAAAUGUAGAAGAGAUUCAUAGAAAAGUAGAAGCAAAAAUGGAAGAAUGCCAAAAACACAUGUGUGACAAAAUGGAGGCUCCACUGAAAAACUUCCAGAACCAAUCUCAAGACAGUGUGAAUAAAACAAAAAGGGGAUUCAAGAGGAAAAAAAAAGACUCGGAUGAAAUCAAUGUAUCACUGAAUAUGAACAUUGCAGAAAAAGAUGAUUUAAAUAGUGCUUCCGUUGCAGAUUCUUCAAAUAACCCUGAAUUAUAUUGUUUUCCCAAUUUAUUUGAAGAGAGAAAUAAUAACAGUGAAACUUGUAAUGUAGAACCCAGUAAAAGAGAUAUCAGAAAUGAAAACAGUGAGUGUUCCUCUCCUUCCCCGUCUUUUCAAAAUUGCACAAAAGUUGUGAAAGCGAGAAAAAUUUCUCUAGUAAAUUUUUUUGGUGAUGAUAUUCAAAUUACUGUUAAUGUGAAUGAGGGGGAUGAUAUUUCUAAGGAUGGUUUGAGUAGUGCAGAUAGUGAUGAAAGUGAUACUAGUCUGGGAUGCACACGAAACGGUGUGAGAAGUAGCACUCAAAGUGGUAUAGAGAGCACAGUUAGGGGAAAUAGGAUAGGACGCAAGGUGAGACAUGCAGAGGAAUGCGUGGACAAAGCUGAACCGUACAGAAAACAAAACGCAUCCUACAAAAGGAAUUCCAUUUCAGAUGGAGAAAGUUAUAAGCAAAAGAACUGUUUAAUUUAUGCCAAGUGUGAAAAAAGUGGGAAUAAAAAACAAAACAAAACAAAUAGCUCCGGUGAGAUAAAGGGAGAAAAAAAACUACACACAAAUGAUGAGCAAUCUGAAAAUGAACAACUAGAUAAUAGUCCCCCAUCUGAAGAUAGGAAAGAUUAUCUAAAAGAAAACAAAAGAAUUUUAAAAUCAGAUAAUGAGUUCGAGUUGGAGCGUGCCAAAACGAAGAGAUUAAGAAUUGGAAGAAUUAGGUGCACUGUUGUAGGUGCACAUAAAGGUAUUGGUAGAGAAAUGAAAACGGACGCGAAUGAUGACAAUGGAAGAAAGAGCUUAUCGAAUAAAUCUGGUAGAAAAACUUGUCUAAACAUAGGAUUUAUUAACAACUUUAAUAAGAAAGAAGAAAUGGAGUGGUCAGAGAGUAAUGCUUAUAUGGGAAGCGCUGUCAGUACUGAACAUUAUGACGAUGAUGGGGAUGAUAAUGACGAUGAUGGGGAUGAUAAUGACGAUGAUGAGGAUGAUAAUGACGAUGAUGAGGAUGAUAAUGACGAUGAUGAGGAUGAUAAUGACGAUGAUGAGGAUGAUAAUGACGAUGAUGAUGAUGAUAAUGACGAUGACGAAGAUGGCAGCGAAGACGAUAAUCAGAAUCACCAUGAUCAACAUAGCGAUUCACGUGAGACUGGAAAAGCUGUUUUAGCUAAACAUGUAGAAACAGGCGAUAAAUUGGGGGGAAAGGCAAAAAAGAAAGAGAGAAAAAAAAAAGAUAGCACGAUUAGAAAUAAUUACAAAAGCAAGUUGUAUGAACUACAAAAUAACGUACAGGAAAAAUUAACAUCCAUUAAAAACAAUUUUAGAUUAAAUGAUAAUGUAAAUGAUAUAUUGAAUGAGAAAAAAAAAAUAAAAAUUCUAAGAAUUUUAAAUAAGUACUACUUUGACAGAGAGUAUAAUGAUUAUGCAGAGUUGAAGACAGGAAAUUCUCAAGGACACGGUGAGAAGAGUAUAAUUUGGGAGGAAUCCAAAUUGAUGGAUACCACCCCACGGGAACUUUUGAGGGACAACUCAAACAAACCCUUCACCUUCUUCAUCGCGGGAAAAUUCACACUAUUCAGUAACUUUGCAUUAGUCAGAAAAUUAAAAGAUUUUGGUUAUGGAAUCACAAACAACUUACGGAGAAGUAAUUCUUUAAUCAUUGGGCAAGAUUUAAAUGAAGAUUUUAUAAAAAAAAUGUCAAAUUAUAAUGGUCCUAUCUUUGACGAAAAAGGAAUUUUGUGCCACUUAAAUAUAGAUAUAAAAAAACGCAUUAAUCUUUUUACGCCCAUAAAUAAAAAUAACGCAAAGAGAUACAAAUUCAUGCUUAAUGAAACGAAUAUAAACAAUGCAUCUAAUUCUGUAAUAGAGAAAAAAAUACAACACUUUUGCAAAAUGAUAAAGAAAAAUAUAGUUGAAAUUUCAGAUGCUACUAAUUCUGGAGAUAAAAAAAUGCUUCUUUCCCAUUUUACCAGAAGAUUAAAUAAUUUUUUCAUCUUCUUACACAUGGCAAGGGAGAAAUUUCAUUCCAACAUGAACUCCAUGAUGAAUGUCUACAGAACUAGGUACUACCAGUUAGUGCACUCUGUUCUGAAUGAAGAAAAGUCUUUUGAAUUUGUUCUUUUAGCUCAGAAAUUGUGUAAUGAUCUCUCAACAUGCAGUAUUAGUGAUGAUCUGCUGAUGACUACGCCCGUUGGAUUAGCCCAUGGAGGAUCUGCUUUGGCAGAGGAUCAUAUGGACAAUCAUAUGAAUACAAUUCAAAGUGGUACUCUGUAUCCAACAGAUAUAUAUUCUCUGAAAGCACAAUUCGAAGAGGAUGUAGUAACGAGAAGAACAAAAACGCACACAUGCACAUCUGUUGUAUAUGGAAAAGGAAAAGAAUCAGCGAUAGAAGAAAAAGAAAGCAAGCGUGUGAUCGAGAGAGAAAAUUUCCCAUCCUCAGAAGAGGAUUCAUCCCUGGAAUAUAUAUCACCAGAUGAAUAUUUCAAAGAGACAAACGUAUCAGGAUUAACACCCAAUGAAGAAAAAGAAGCGAAGAGUGAGGUUUUGAAUUCUUUCGAGAAAAAAAUAACACAGAAUAUGAAGAAAAGCGAAAAGCUAAAAAUUGUAACGAGUUUGUGGAGCGUUUUUUUUAGACCCAACAGCCUUUACGAAAUUGCAGGCCAUAAAAAUGAAAUCUUUAAAUUAUACAAAAUUUUGAAGAAAUUUUUCCCAGAGUCAGAUGAAGCUACUAAUCAAUCAUGUGGUAAACAUACUAGUAAGGAACUUAAACAAUUGAAAUACAAAUCAAAUAUUCAUCAAGACAAAAACAACAUUAUUUUUCUUGUGUAUCCUCCAAAUUGUGGUGUCAAGAGAUUAGUAGAGUUAAUAUGCUAUGCAUGUGACUUGUGCCCUAUCUAUGAAAAUAAAGUUCAAAAGUAUAAGAACAUAAACUACUUUUUUAAAUACACACAUGGAUUAAAACCAAUAUCAAUAUAUAACGCAAACAAAUUAGACAAAACUUCUAUGAAAGAAUUAAAUUUAAGAAAUGAUGUUAGUAUAUGUAUGUAUGAAGAUAAAAAUUAUGUGAUCAAUAAUAUGUCUAAUUUACCUUUAUCUCUAUUGGACAAUAUAAAUCAUAUCCUUAUAAAGUUUUGUUACCCUUCUAGAAAAUCUCUAUUCUAUCGAUGUUUUGCUGUUUCUUCUUGUCUCAUAAAAAAUAUAAAUAAAAAAUUGUUCAAGACACUUUUUGAGACCUGUCGAUUAAAGGACUUUUCUUAUUCCAUUGAGAAUGUUUACAGUAAGAUGCAUCUAAUGUCUGCGUAUGUGAAUUAUGUCCAUGAGAGGGGAGAUGGAAUGGGUUCUAGUGAAAUAGGUUCUGGUGACUCCUGCAUCUCUGCGGAUGCAAAUCGAACCUGUAGUCGGGGUAUCAUACAAGCCAAAGGAACAACAAAACCAGGACAAUCUCUCACAGAUGUCUUGACAUUUCCAAACAAUGUUAUACAAGCAUACAUGUCGAAUCAUCUUAUGAAUCGAUUCUUUAUGAGGAACUAUGAUGAGAUUCAGCGGGAUAUGCAUCUGAGUUAUGGACUAGCUGAUAGAUUAACCGAUGGGCCAAAUCAUGGAACUGAUAACAGCGUAUUAAGCAGAGAGAUAAUAAAAUAUUGGGAUAAGAAUGAAAAAAAUGAUGAUAACACAAAUGUCAAACAAGAGAGAGAAACUAUGGAAACACAAGGGAGAAAGUCCAAUACAUUAAAACAAUUAAAUGAUGAAUAUUAUUUUUUUAGGGGAUUUGACGAGGAAGACAUAAGGUUUGUUGUGUAUGAUUGGUACGAUAAGAUGUACAUAGAAAAUGGGAACUUAACUUUCGAUUUAUCUAUAAAAAAAAAUAACAAUAUAAUGGAUGAGGGAAAUGACUAUUUGUAUAUGGAUGAUAAAUCAAGAAGAGAUAGAGCACAUAUUUUAAUUAAAGUUCUUGAAUUGUUUUUAUGUUCUUCCAUUUUAAUUAAAUCAAAUGACAUUAACAUAAAUUUAAUUGCAGUGGAUAUGGCAGUUUACUGGAGAAAAUAUCUUUUUAUGAACCCAUCCUACACAGUUAAAUGGUGCAAUACCACAAACAGAAAAAAAAUAGGGAAAAAAAAAAAAAAAAAAAAAAAAAAAAAAAAAAAUUUGUAUAUGUACCAAAAUGGGACAGAGGUUACUACUUUGAUAAGCAGUAAUAAUAAUGACUUCAUAAACGAGGUAAAACUGAAGGAUCAUUUUAAGGGAAAAAUGGACAAAUGUAACAAAAUAUUUUCCGACAAGGUCAAAAAGUAUAAAUCCCUCAUGCUGCAUUUCGGCUGUCCCUUUAACUUUUCCUCUGCCAGCAUCGUUUAUGAUAUUUUACAGAACAAUAAAGUGGUGAAUUUCGCUCUUCGGAAGCACAGGUGA